UUUUGCUCUUAGCAAGUGAAAGGAAAGAGGGAGAGAAAGUUCGCGAGACCUGGUUCUGCAAAUUUUCCGGGAAAAUGGGGUGGAAGCACCCGGAGGUAAGCUUGGGAGAGAUGGUGAAUCUGGUGAAGGGCUUCGCGGAUAUCCUGAUUCUCGCAUCUGGGUACCAAUCUUCUGGCCUUUUAGCCCACUGGGACCAACAAAACGUCACCAAAGCCUUUCAAUGGGGCUUCUUCUUCGAACAAGUGUUCAAGUCUUUCAGAUGCUCAGAGGACUCUGAUGAGUCCCUGCAAGAACUUGAUAAAGCUCUCUCUGUGAUAGUAGCGGACGCUUCUUUCCCUCAGGGUCUAGCAAAACUAUCCUCUGGUACUCUAAGUAGGGCUAGAGACAUCGUGCUGGAGCAGUUGGUCCAUUGCUUGCCAUUAAGAGAUUCGAAUCUCGGAGCACUUCUCUGUUCAACCAUUCAGAUGGAUCUCGAUGUCCUUUCAAGAGAAGAUCCUGAUUGCCUCAGCAGAUACUUGGACAAGUUGAACCUGCAGAAUACCUCUCAUGACUCACUUCACGACGGCGGUAGUUCUGAGAAGUUUUCACCUAUUAAUCACGCUGACAUUGCAAAUAAUGAGACUGAAGAACGUGCCAAGCAGAAUGGGACGAACUCUUGCAUCCAAGAGCUUCUGAAAAGGCAGUCUGCCGUUUCAUGUGCAUUGUCCGCAGAGAAAAGCUUGGCUGUUAUCUCUAGAGCUGUGGGUAGCAGUCAGCUGACUUGGGGUGACCAAAGCAUUGAUAGGGAGCAUCUAAUGCAUGAUGGAGCUUCAAGGAAUAAAGAUCAAUUGGACGAGGUAACAAUUUGGUAUCGCUGGAAAACAAGGAGCCUCGCGUAUUUCAUUGAUAAGAGAACUAUCAGACUGGUAUCUGGUGCCAGCAUGAUGUUUGCUGCUUCUCCAAUGCAGUGGGCGCAAGUUUUUGAACGUCUGAAGAUGUCUGAAGGAAGAAAUAUUGGCAGUUUGUCUGACAAAAUAGUAUGUUUUCCCCUCUCUUCUGGAAGUGGCAUAUUAUUGGAACUUCUUCUAUUAGGAUGUGUUACCAGAAGAUGGAGCUUAGUAAUUAAACAUCUUCAGUCAGUUUAUCAUGAUUCCUUUACUAGUUCACAGAGAUUUUCAGAAGUUUGCAACUUGCUUUCAGGAAGAUCUCAAAACUUAAUUUUGAAAGAGAGCAUGGCACACUCAAAGGAAGGCAGCAUCCUUGAUUAUCUUAUGAACUUAUUGGACGGUCAAGUUCGUCUGCUGUGGAUGGUACCACCUGCUCUUUCAGCAGUUGCAAUUCCUUCCUGGUCACCUCUAUUCAGAUUCUACGUGAACCAGAUUAAGAUUCAGCUUAAAGAAGGCUCUCCAAUGUUAAGAUGUUGUAGUUGCACUCAAGAAAAGAAGGAGCACAAGGAUUGUGAACUUGCAGAGAGGAUCUGGUGUCUUCACAUCUUCCACAUCCGUGGGCCUCAGUUGUGGCUUGGUGGCAAUGAUGAAUGAGGUUUCGACCUCUGGUGCCUGUUUAAGAAGAGCUUCUUCCUCCAUGGGUAGCCACCGAGACCGGUUGACAGCGUUAACGGUCUUCAUACAAGGAAAGUUUCACCUACAAAUGGCUUUUCGAGCGGUCAUUGUGAAGAUUUUUGGCCGUUGAACCGGUUGGCUACACACCCAUUUUGACAGUAACGUAAUUUCUUGAAAUCACGUGUAGCAGGAUAUAGCUAAUGAACUUACACCUUGGAUUCUUCAAAUUGUUACGGCAUAAAUUCAGGUAACUGGCACGGGGAAGGCGGCUAUU